AUGUUUCGACAGCACAUGGCUGCUCACAACCCGUUUAUGCCUCAUCGGCUGGUCCAAAACCCCUACCAUUGGCCACUUUUCACGCAACUCGAGCUGCUCCAGAACACCAUCGAACAACGACGCACGACACCCACCAUUGGGUUUGAAAUCACAAAUGAGCUCAACUUUGGCACGUUGACGAUCGAUCCCGACGACGAGGAUACCGAGCCCACGAAUGAAGACCUCACCCGCACCAUCUCCAUUAUUAACCACACCCCGCGUAACUGUACGGUUAUAGGACUCAAGUGCCUCCAGCCCACCCGGGCCCUGUCGUGGGAUUGCCAUGAUGUACCCUGCAAGGCCCGCCCAAACACAGAGGAGACGAUUGAGUGCUACCUGGAUCUCAGCGAACUGAGCUUUGAGCACACCCCCUUUGUCCACAUUGAUAUCCAUUUGGUCGUUAUGAUUGCGGAGCCUGGACUCAACGCCGCCACCUGCCACCCUAUCCACGUCACGGCCUUUGUUCGCAAUGCCGCCGCCCUCCGUGAUCUUGAUCCUCGGAGUGCCGAGUUCUAUCCUCCCACCUUUUACACCGCCCUUUCUCGGCGCACUCUUGUCGACACGCUCCCCACGUCCGUCUUUGACGCGGGCGCCCUUCCCGAGGUGGCCCAACCCCCGCCUACCCAGGACAUUGCGCUUUUCAAUGCCAAGCGUGACGUUGAGGUCGCCGAGCAGCAAGCCCGCCCCUCCAACCUAAACCCGCCCCAGCUUCAAAGCCGCCUUCUCCAACUCGAAAAGGCACAACACGUGCUGGACGUGGAUAAACUCACAAUCAUGGGUGUCAAGUGGCAGUUCAAGCGGCGAACAUUCAUCAAGGAUGAAGAGGUCGUUUUUAUCGCCGUCACCGUGCCUGGCAUGCUCGAGGGCCGCCCCCAUCUCGUUCCCGCAGACCCAGUGGAGCUUUCCUGCAUCUAUAGCACUUCUGCGGGAGAAGUCAAGGCCCCGUCCUACCUCUGUCGUGUCUGGAACAAGAUUGGUACCGAUGAGGUCCUGCUCGCCUGUCCCCACACCCUCAAGCUUGACAAGCCUGGGCCCGCCACGACCGUAGCCCUGCGCUUCUUCGCUCAGACCCACGCUUUUGACUUUCUGCAAACCUGCAUCACCGACAGCAUCCCCAGCACAAUGCAAGACCCAGUGAUCAAUGACUCAAAGCUUGAAGCCCUCACCAAUUUAAUCCAAAGGGUUGACAUGCCCUGUACCUUCUUCAACGACGCUCUCAAUCCCGAGCAGAAGGCUGCUGUCCUCACCACGCUUCGCCGCACCAAGCACCUGCUGAAGAAGAAAGUCAGUCGUCUACCACCAUUCCUCGUUUGGGGCCCACCUGGCACAGGCAAAACGGAGACGGUGGCGGAAAGCGUUUGUCAAAUUUUGGCUCGGCCUGAAUUGGGCUCAAUCCUGGCGCUCUGCUCGUCGGAUGCUGCUGCUGACGUCCUAGCACAGCGCUUAAUCUCCAAAAUGGUCACAUCGCAGCAAAUGCUGCGACUCAACUGGCCUUGGCGCUUUCGUGCAGAACUGCCGACACCACUCCUCGCCUUUUCGCGCCUCUCGCCCGAAGGCCGCUUUAUCAUACCUUCGGAGCACGAACUCAAUGCCAUCCCCAUCAUCAUUUGCACCACCAUGACCGUCAGUCUCCUACCAUGCAACUACUCCUGCAACACCAUCAUUGUGGACGAGGCUGCACAAGCCAUUGAGGCCGAGCUGUACACGCCCCUGCGUUUUGCCACCAAGCGCACCAACUGGGUGCUGGUUGGCGACCACAACCAGUUGGGUCCCGUGGUUCGCAACGCCAAGGCACGUGAAUGGGGCCUCGGCCGAUCGUUGCCGGAGCGCCUCAUCCAGUACCCGGUCUACCGGCCCAGCAUCGACAGCCCCCUCUGCGUCCGACUCUGCAAAAAUUAUCGCUCCCACCCGGCCCUGCUCGAGUUGCCCUCUCGUCUCUUCUACGACAACCAACUCGAGGCCUGCGGAAACCCUCUUGAGCUUGACAGCCUGUCCACCUGGUCAAAACUGCCAGUGGAGCACAAUCCCGACCUAACAAUUGCGUGUGCACAUUUGUACGACGGACAGUGUCCCAUGCUAAUUCACGGCGUGAAUGGAAGCGCCAUUCGUCUUGAGCACUUGGGUGGCUUAUGCAACCCGGCCGAGGCUGCAACCGUGGUCAGCUUUAUUCAGCGGCUGCUCGAUGAUUAUCCUGGCCACCUCUCGCCCAAAGACUUUGGCGUGAUUGCCCCCUAUCGCCUUCAGGUGCGGCUACUGCGCAAGCGUAUGCGUGAGGUUGACCUGGGCGCUGUUCGUUGCGGCACGGUGGAUGACUUUCAGGGCCAAGAGGCCAAGGUGAGGAGUGGACAGACCCACAAAAGAAGUCUCUUUACCCAGAUUGUGCGCGCGUGUACAUUCAUGGUUGUAACAAUGGUAUGUUUGCGAUUGAGAAAACAGAUUAUUAUCGUGUCCACUACGCUGGCUGGGGAGCUGGCCCUGCUCAAACACCGGGCCAACUCGGACCCCGUGGGCCAUUUGAUGCGCGACAGCCCAGACUGGGAUCUCUUGGGCAACCGACACCGCUUCAACGUGGCCAUUACUCGUGCCAAGGUAAGAAGGCCCCUGAUAUCAACGACACGUGGCCCUUGA